ACACGUUCCGGCUUGCAGGGGGAUCAAAUCCUUCUCUGUUUUCGUCCGCAUCCCAAUUUUUACGGCGACAGAUGCCGAGCUAUCCCUCGCACAAAUAGAGCAGGAGUGACAGAGCGCGAGCUGAGAGAUAGAGAGCAAGAGAGAUGGUGGGCAUCGGCGGAAAAGGGUUGGGCCAGCUCCUGGCGGCGCUGGCUGCGGCGUUCUUCCUCCGGGCAAUCACCGGCCCUGGCCCCGCCCUGGCGCCGGAGGAGGAGGAGCAGUCGGACGAUGCCGGGAAGAUCGCCGACGACGAGGAGGCUCCGGACUCCGCCAAGGUCUUUCCAGUCACCAUCCAGUGGAGCGGCAUCACCUGCUCCCUCUCCGACAAGCGAGGAAAAACGGUGAGGUUUCUGCUGACAAAUGUGAGUGGGGAGGCCAAACCAGGAAGAUUACUAGCAAUCAUGGGGCCAUCGGGGUCAGGGAAGACCACAUUGCUCAAUGUGCUCGCUGGGCAGCUUGCAGCGUCCCCCAGGUUGCGUCUUACCGGGCAUCUAGAUGUCAAUGGACGGCCAAGAACAACUGGAGGUUAUAAGAUUGCUUAUGUGAGACAGGAGGACCUUUUUUUCUCGCAGCUGACAGUUCGGGAAACACUUUCACUUGCUACUGAGCUCCAGCUUCCCGAGUCAUUGUCUGCAGAGAGGAAGGAUAAGUAUGUGAGCCAGCUCCUAUUCCGAUUGGGCUUGGUCAACUGUGCUGAUUCUAUUGUUGGCGAUGCAAAAGCUCGUGGAAUUAGUGGUGGUGAAAAGAAGCGUCUGUCACUUGCUUGUGAACUGAUUGCUAGUCCAUCUGUUAUCUUUGCAGAUGAACCUACAACUGGUCUGGAUGCAUUCCAGGCAGAGAAGGUUAUGGAAACUCUUCGACAGCUUGCAGAAGAUGGACAUACUGUGAUAUGCUCCAUACACCAGCCUAGAAGUUCGGUAUAUGUCAAAUUUGAUGACAUUGUGUUGUUAUCAGAGGGGGCAGUUGUUUACAUGGGUCCUGCAAAAGAUGAACCUUUGACAUACUUCGCAAAUUUUGGGUAUCAUUGUCCGGACCAUGUGAACCCUGCUGAGUUCUUGGCUGAUCUCAUAUCAAUUGAUUACAGCUCAGCUGAAAGUGUACAUUCUUCCCAGAGAAGGAUUGAUGAUCUUGUUGAUGCAUUCUCUAAAAGCACUCCAACUAUUCAAUGCACUAGUCCAAUUAUGCAAUGGGAGGUCUCCAAAGUUCCAGCAAAGUUGCAUAGGAAAUCUGUAGUUAAGAAGCGAGGUGGUUGGUGGAGGCAGUUCUGGUUACUCCUUAAACGAGCAUGGAUGCAGGCUUCUCGUGAUGGACCUACAAACAAAGUUAGGACAAGAAUGUCUAUUGCAUCAGCAAUCAUAUUUGGAUCAGUCUUUUGGCGAAUGGGUAAAAGUCAGACCUCAAUACAAGAUAGGAUGGGACUUCUUCAGGUGGCCGCAAUAAACACAGCAAUGGCAGCCCUUACAAAGACGGCAGGUGUAUUUCCAAAGGAACGUGCAAUAGUAGACAGAGAGCGUGCUAAGGGUUCCUAUGCACUGGGUCCGUACUUAUUAUCUAAAUUGCUGGCUGAAAUCCCUGUAGGAACAGCAUUCCCAUUAAUGUUUGGGACAAUUCUCUAUCCCAUGGCUCGUUUGCAUCCUACUCUAUCCAGAUUUGCAAAAUUUUGUGGCAUUGUGACAAUGGAGUCAUUUGCUGCAUCAGCAAUGGGUCUUACUGUUGGGGCUAUGGUUCCUACAACUGAAGCAGCAAUGGCCGUGGGACCAUCCCUUAUGACUGUGUUCAUCGUCUUUGGGGGCUAUUAUGUCAAUGCUGAGAAUACGCCUGUGAUUUUUCGAUGGAUCCCUCGAGUCUCCCUCAUAAGAUGGGCUUUUCAGGGGCUCUGCAUCAAUGAAUUUAGUGGACUCCAAUUUGACCAUCAACAUUCAUUUGAUAUACAAACUGGAGAACAGGCUCUGGACAGGCUUUCUUUUGGAAAUAGCCGAAUCAGGCAUACGAUAAUUGCACAGGGCAGGAUACUCAUGUUUUGGUAUUGGACCACUUACCUUCUCCUUAAGAAGAACAAACCAAAGUAUCAGCAACUUCUAUCUCCAGAAUACCAGCAACAAGAAUAACAGAACUGAUUCGUGUUCAGCAGUAGAUAAUCAGACAAUAAGUCGACUUCUGCAAAAGGCUUGCGCAGCAGGUGUUGGAUUUUAAAGAUGAACUUGUGUUCCCAAGUCAUCUGGAAGAAUUGAGCGCAUGCAAAUACUGCUGGGAUCUGGGUGGCAACCUAAUGUUGGAUAAGUUUGAAACCAAAGUUUGUUCCAUCUCGUAGAUAACUGGAAGUUAGAUAUGAUGGUGAAUGCAUACAAUAUACUUCUGCAUGAAUGCAUGCAAAUACUGCUAGCAUGUGGGUGGUAACCUAAUGUUCAGUUCUUGGCAAAUAAAUAUAUGCUGGCUUAGUUCAGAUAAGCUGAAAAUCAUGUUUUGUUGCUUUUGAACUGGCUAAACCAGUUCUUUCUUCCCGAUUAGUGAAACAAUUAAUGAUAUUUGUUCGAUCUUUCUUUGGACA